AUGGCAGCAAACCCCGAUCAGGUCCUCAAGGACGUCAACAUCCUCGGCCAGCUCAACGACAAGACCCGCCAGAUUCUCAGCAAAGAUGCUACCGUCUUCCUCGCUCUCCUCCACCGCACCUUCAAUGAGAGGCGCAAGGCCCUUCUCCAGCGGCGCAUGAUCCGCCAGGCCGAGCUCGACAAGGGCAACCUCCCAGACUUUCUCCCAGAGACCAAGCACAUCCGAGAGAACGAUGCAUGGAAGGGCGCUCCCCCGGCGCCGGGCAUGAUAGACAGGCGCGUGGAGAUCACGGGCCCGACAGACAGGAAGAUGGUCGUCAAUGCGCUGAACUCGGAUGUGUGGACAUAUAUGGCGGACUUCGAGGACUCGAAUGCGCCAACAUGGGACAACAUGAUCAACGGCCAACUCAACCUCUAUGACGCCAUCCGCAAGCAGGUCGACUUUAAGCAAGGCGAGAAGGAGUACAAGCUGCGCACCGACCGCGUCCUGCCUACCCUCAUCGCCCGCGCUCGAGGCUGGCACCUCGAGGAGAAACACAUGACUGUAGACGGCGAGCCUAUCUCUGGCAGUCUGUUCGACUUCGGUCUCUACUUCUUCAACAAUGCCAAGGAGCUCGUCAAGCGGGGCACUGGGCCGUACUUCUACCUCCCGAAGAUGGAGUCGCAUCUCGAGGCCAGGCUGUGGAACGAUGUGUUCAAUCUGGCGCAAGAUUACAUUGGCAUGCCCCGAGGCACCAUCCGGGGUACCGUGCUGAUUGAGACUAUUCUCGCCGCUUUCGAGAUGGACGAAAUAAUCUACGAACUCCGGGACCACAGCUCAGGCCUCAACUGCGGUCGCUGGGACUACAUCUUCAGCGUGAUCAAGCGCUUCCGCCAGAACUCCAACUUCGUCCUUCCCGACCGCUCCGCCGUGACGAUGACCGUCCCCUUUAUGGACGCCUAUGUUAAGCUCCUCAUCAAGACCUGCCAUAGGCGAGGCGUGCACGCCAUGGGCGGUAUGGCGGCCCAAAUCCCCAUCAAGACCGACCCCGCCGCCAACGAAGCAGCCAUGAACAACGUGCGUAGCGACAAGCUGCGUGAAGUGCGCGCCGGCCACGACGGUACCUGGGUCGCACACCCCGCGCUCGCCUCGAUCGCGACCGAGGUCUUCAACGCGCACAUGCCGACGCCGAACCAGAUGUUCAUCCGUCGCGAAGACGUCAACAUCACCGCCAACGACCUGCUCAACAUGAACGUGCCCGGCAAGAUCACCGAGGAGGGUAUCCGCAAGAACCUCAACAUCGGGCUUGGGUAUAUGGAGGGCUGGCUCAGGGGCGUUGGGUGUGUGCCGAUUAACUUCUUGAUGGAGGAUGCGGCCACCGCGGAGGUCAGUAGGAGUCAGCUGUGGCAGUGGUGCAGGCAUAACAUUAGCACCGCGGAGGGGAAGAGGGUGGAUAAGGACUAUGCGCUCAAGCUGCUGAGGGAGCAGGCGAAGGAGUUGGAGGGCAAGGCGCCCAAGGGGAACAAGUUCGGCUUGGCGGCGAAGUAUUUCGAGGGGCAGGUUACCGGGGAGGACUAUUCGGAGUUUUUGACCUCGCUGCUGUACAAUGAGAUCACGAAUGUGGGUUCUCCGUCCCCUGCGGCGAAAUUGUAA